GGAAGGCAGUCCCCUCCCGCCCCACCUGGAGAGGAGCUUAAAGCCCAGCCGGGUGGCCCCGCACGCGCACAGCUCCCCUGCACCAUGCCCAAGGCCAGCAGCGUGCUCCUCUUCGCGGGGCUCCUGGUUCUCGGGUCAGAGCUGCUGCCAGCAUCCGUCCUGAAUGUCACGAUAAAAGCCGGCGUGUGCCCAGAGCCAGCAGCAGAAGAAGCGAACUGCACGCUGGGGUGCCAGUCCGAUGGCGACUGCGAGAGCACCCUCAAGUGCUGCCCGGCGGCCUGUGGCAAGGCCUGCCAGGAGCCCAACGAGAAACCUGGCACCUGCCCAGCCGUGAAGCCAGGGAUCCCCAUGCUGGGGCUCUGCGUUAACCAGUGCAAGACGGACUCCAACUGCUCUGGGAUCAUGAAGUGCUGCAGGAAUGGCUGCGGGAAGAUCUCCUGCAUGACUCCACUGUACUGAGGUACAACCUCCUUCAUCCCAGCUCCAGGGAAGCUGCUGCCCAUAGAGACGCCGCACUGCCCGACCCCCGGUGUCCUCCUGCCCUGGCCCCGGCCUGGAUCCCAGCGUGGAGCCUUCAGCCUCAGCUCCCAUUCCAGGGCCCCGCUCGGGGUGUGCCGCAGCCCCCUGCACUCUCGCCAAUAAAGCAGCCACUCCCUGCCCUGUU